UAUGAUAGACCUGCCAAUGUCUGCAAUGUACAGUUUGAUUACAAAUUAAUUUGAAUUGAGAUACGAAAGUAGGCUUUGACGUUAUAAUUUUAACAAUAUAAUAGAAUUUAUCAUUUUAAUGGAAAUAUUUGUCAAGUACAAAUUGAAACUGAUUUUUUUGUAUAUUUUCUAGAAUUUUAGUUUAAAUCUUGACAGCUCUUUUGUGUGACAUUCGAUUGUCACCAUAGUGGAUCACUAUCCGCCAUAUUCUGUCCAUUGAAAUUGUGUAUUUAGUAUGACUGUCACUUCAGUUUUCAAUUCAUAAUAUUAGAGGUAAAAUUUCAAUAUUUGUGAAGUGAUAGAUGCGUGAAAGUUUUCUUGAAUUAUUUUUUAACGUAGUAAGAAAUUUUAAAGUUUUAUCUAUUUAUUUCAUUAACAGAUAAACAAUGUCGACAGGACCGUACAACUAUUCGUAUAUAUUUAAAUAUAUCAUUAUAGGAGACAUGGGUGUUGGAAAAUCAUGUCUUUUACAUCAGUUUACCGAAAAAAAAUUUAUGGCAGAUUGCCCACAUACCAUUGGCGUAGAGUUUGGUACUAGAAUCAUUGAAGUAAAUGGUCAAAAAAUAAAGUUACAAAUAUGGGACACGGCUGGACAAGAGCGGUUUAGAGCAGUUACGAGAUCAUAUUAUCGUGGAGCAGCUGGAGCACUUAUGGUGUAUGAUAUUACUCGACGUUCUACGUACAAUCACUUAAGUAGUUGGCUAACAGAUACGCGCAAUCUCACCAAUCCAAGCACGGUUAUAUUUUUGAUUGGAAAUAAAAGUGACUUGGAAAGUCAACGGGAUGUGACCUAUGAAGAAGCGAAACAAUUUGCUGAUGAGAAUGGUCUUAUGUUUGUAGAAGCUAGUGCGAAAACGGGUCAUAACGUUGAAGAAGCUUUCUUAGAUACAGCUAAAAAAAUAUUCCAGAGUAUAAGAGAUGGUCGUUUGGAUUUAAACGCAGCUGAAUCAGGAGUUCAGCACAAUCCCAGUCAGCCUGAACGUACUAAUUUACAUGGGGCUACUAGUGAACAACAUAGUGGCAGAGAUUCCUGUUCUUGUUAAUCGUUUUCUCUACCAAAAUCAAUUGAUUCAUGACUACUAAUAGAUAAUGCGAUUAUUGUUCACAUUCAAAUGUUUCUAAUUUUAUUCAUUAAUCUGUAUUGCAAAAUCAAUAUUAUAUGAUUUUUUUAUUUAUUUAUAAA